AUGCGAUCGUCGGCGUCCACCGCGCGCGCGGGGUCGAUUGGACGGCGCACCGCGCGCGCGCGCGGUGGAGGACGAUCGGCGCGCGCGCGGGCGAGCCCGGGGACGUCCAAGCGCGUGCGAGAGCUGCGAGACGAGGGCGCGUACGCGGUGGGCGACGCCGCGCGGGCGCUGGAACGCCGCGGACGGCGCGUGGUGCGGUUGGAGAUCGGCCAGCCGCAGUUUGAGACGCCGGAGAACGUGUGCGAGGCGGGGGUGGGGGCGAUCGAGCGCGGGGAGACGCGGUACAGCGCCCCGGCGGGGACGGCGGCGCUGCGCGAGGCCGUUCGCGGAUACGUCGCGCGGACGCGAGGGGUGACGUACGACGUCGACGAGGUGAUCGUCGGUCCGGGGGCGAAACCGGGGUUGUUCUUGCCCGCGCUCGCGAUCGUGGACGAGGGCGAUGAGGUGGUGUACCCCGAUCCGGGGUUUCCGACGUACGCGGCGAUGGUUUCGACGGCGGGCGGGACGCGGGUCCCGGUCGCGCUCACGAACGAUGGCUCGAGCUUCGACAUGGACGCGCUCGAGCGAGCGGUGAACGAGAAGACGAAGAUGAUCGUGAUUAAUUCGCCGGGGAAUCCCACGGGUGGGGUGAUGCCGCGGGCGGACGUCGAGCGCGUCGCGGCGCUCGCGAAAAAGUUCAACUGCUGGGUGCUGAGCGAUGAAAUUUAUUCCAGGCUUCGAUACGAUGACGAUGGAAACGGAGCUAGCGAGAGUGAUGAUGGACUAGAGGACAUAUUCUCCAUCGCGGCCCUGGAUGGGAUGAAGGAGCGCACGAUUUUGGUCGACGGGUUCUCGAAGACGUAUUGCAUGACGGGAUGGCGCCUCGGAUGGAUGUGCUGCCCGAAAGCCCUCGCCGAGAGAAUCCGACUCCUCACCGUGCACUCGGUCGGAUGUGUCGCACCGUUCACCCAAGCCGCAGGCGUUGAGGCGCUGACGGGACCUCAAGAUUCUGUUCGCGCCAUGCGAGAGGAGUACCGCGCUCGAAGAGACUACCUCGUUGACGCCCUGAACGCGAUCCCUGGGAUUCGAUGUCCGAAACCCCAAGGCGCCUUCUACGUCUUUCCUGAGUUCACAUACGAUUGCACCGCCAAGGAGCUCGCCGAUUACCUCCUCGAGGACGCCGGCGUCGCCCUCUUACCCGGAACGGAUUUCGGAGUCCGAGGCGAGAAGCACUUACGUCUCUCCUACGUCGGUUCCAUGGACGACCUCCGCGAGGCCGUGGCGUUGAUGACCACCUCCUUACGUCGUAAAUUCCCCGCGAGCUUCGAUUCGAUGUGA